AUGGGUGGUGGAAACUCUAAAAAGGCAAAAAAAGGUAUUAAAGAAGAGGACAUGGUAAGAUCCUUAAAAAUAGAUAAAUAAUUCCCCAAAGAUCCCUUCACAAAUUUAAAUGCACCUAAUGUUGCUGUUCCUUUCGAAGAGAAAAAUGCUUUGCCAACUCUUUAAACCAUGAAUACCCCCAAGAAUGAGAAAGGCAAACCAUAUGGUAUUUUAAAGAAUACUAAUGAAACUGACAAAAAAGCGCCAAGAUACAAAAAUGGCUACAUCAUUGAUGACGUUCCAGUUGUUAGGGAAAAGGUUUCUUAGGGAUAAACCGAGUAGUAAUUAGUCUAUCCUUCCUAGUCUCAAAACAACUAGUAGUAGGGUAUAAAGAGCGAUCAGAACUAGUCUUAAGAUUAGGAAGCAGCUGGAGAAAUUAAGCCCUAACAAAUGCUUUAAAGUAACGUAAUAGUUAAGGCUAAACAGAAUUAGCCUCUACCAAUGUCGAUUGAUGUGUAAUUUAAAGCUGAUAUUAACACUGUGGGAUAUAAAAAUCACAGGCGAGGUAAAACCUAUAUAAGUUAAUUAGCAGGAAGUGCAUAUGAAUUUAACAGCCAGGCAACAUUAGCCGGGGCUAAUAAAUCUAUAGUUCAUGGAAUGGUGGAUGAUAUAAGAGCCAGCCAAGACAAAGGGGAUGUAAUAGAUCUCAAUGAGCUAUAAAGUUAUAUAUCUAAACCAACAAAGCACAUAAUGUUUUGA